AUGAGAGAAGAAAUGUGUCAGCUCAAUAAGCAACAGCUGCAGAUCCUGAAGGAACGUUUCCAGGCCUUUCUGAAUGGGGAGACGCAGAUCGUAGCAGAUGAGGCGUUUUGUAAUGCUGUGCGGAGUUACUAUGAGAGGAUUUACCUGUCCACGGCAGAGUAUGGAGUGUUUGGGAGAACUUCAUCAUUGAAGUCGGUGGUGGUGCUGCCCAAGGGACCAAUCCACAAUGCUUGCAGCUCCUCCACAAACUUCAUGACGCCAGCAGAAAUGGAGACCUGGCCAGCUCCCAUAAUGAGGGGACCUGUUCACAAGAACAGGUUUACAAGAGCAAAUGGAGAAGCUAGUGCAGUCAUGGAUGGUUUUCCAGGUGCAGGAAAUGAAGCAUUUCCCGUGGUCUAUGAGAGUACCAAAGAUAUUGGUCCAGUUGUGAAUGGCAAGCUGAAAGGUGUGAACAUUUUGCACUUAAUUCAUGGCAUAUGA